AGCGGGGAGGAAAUAAAAGCGGCGGCGGGCAGGAAGUGUGAGGAGGAGGAGGAGGAGGAGGGAGAGGGGAGGAAGCAGCGGCAGAAGAGAAAGCAAAAGCCGCGCGGCGGCGGCUCGGUGCCGCCGGGGCCGGCAUCGGCGGCGGGGCCAUGGCCCGGGAGGGCGGCGGCGGCGGCGGCGGCUCCUGGAAGAAGCAGGCCGAGGACAUCAAGAAGAUCUUUGAGUUCAAGGAGACGCUGGGGACGGGUGCAUUUUCUGAAGUUGUUUUGGCUGAAGAGAGAGCUAGCGGGAAGCUAUUUGCAGUCAAGUGCAUUCCCAAGAAGGCACUGAAGGGAAAGGAAAGCAGCAUAGAGAAUGAAAUUGCAGUCCUGAGAAAGAUCAAGCAUGAAAAUAUAGUUGCCCUGGAAGACAUAUAUGAGAGUCCGAACCAUUUAUAUCUGGUCAUGCAAUUGGUGUCCGGGGGAGAGCUUUUUGACCGCAUAGUUGAGAAGGGGUUUUACACGGAGAAGGACGCGAGCACCCUGAUACGCCAGGUCCUGGACGCCGUGUACUACCUGCACAGGAUGGGCAUCGUGCACAGGGAUCUCAAGCCUGAGAACCUGCUUUACUAUAGCCAGGAUGAAGAAUCAAAAAUCAUGAUCAGUGAUUUUGGAUUAUCAAAGAUGGAGGGUAAAGGAGAUGUCAUGUCCACAGCCUGUGGGACUCCUGGAUAUGUUGCUCCUGAAGUACUGGCCCAGAAACCCUACAGCAAAGCUGUGGACUGCUGGUCCAUCGGGGUUAUUGCAUACAUCUUGCUUUGUGGAUAUCCCCCCUUCUACGAUGAAAAUGACUCCAAACUCUUCGAGCAGAUCCUUAAAGCGGAGUAUGAGUUUGACUCUCCAUAUUGGGAUGACAUCUCUGAGUCUGCUAAAGACUUUAUUCGGAAUUUGAUGGAGAAAGACCCUAAUAAAAGAUAUACCUGUGAGCAAGCAGCGCGACACCCUUGGAUUGCUGGUGAUACAGCACUCAAUAAAAACAUCCACGAAUCCGUCAGUGCUCAGAUCCGAAAGAACUUUGCAAAAAGCAAAUGGAGACAAGCGUUCAACGCCACGGCGGUCGUGAGACACAUGAGACGGUUGCACCUUGGGAGCAGCCUGGACAGCGCGAGCGCCGGCGUGUCGAGCACCCUGAGCCUCGCCACGCCGCUUCCCGACGGAGCCGCCCGCAAAGAUUGUAUGUCUCCAUCCACUCUGUGUAGUUUUGUUUCAUCCACUUCUUCAGGCGUUUCUGCGGUCGGAGGGGACCGGAGACCCAGACCCACCACAGUGACAACAGUGCACACAGGGAGCAAGUGACGGGCGCAGGCAGGGAGCAGCGGCCCAGGUGUCCGCGCCGGCGGGUUUUCUCGGAGCGAUCCCACCCUGCAUUGCACGCUCAGCGACGGACUAGAAGAAAGAAGAUUUUUUAUGGCCAUAUUUUAUACUGCAAUUCUGAAAUGUUUCAUUUAUCACAAACUGCAAUGACUCCAGGGGGAAUGGAUCUAACAGUCUCUGGUGCUGUACAUAUAUAUACAUAUAUAUAAAUAUAUAUAUAUAUAUGUGAGUCUAGCAAUGUUCUAACUAAUGAACACUCAUUCUUUUCCCCAGUGAUUUACUCUUUUCUCAGUGUAGGUAACAGUAUAUGUUGUAUUUUUUUUUCCAUUAACUAUGAACAUC